CAUUGUAUACAAUUUGGAAUAAGGAAUUAAGGAAAACAAUUAACUCUUAAUUAGUCAUAAUAACUUAUAAGAGCCCUCAAGUCACUUGUUAUAGUAGAAAUGAGAUUUUAUAGUGCUUGCAAAGAGCAUGUAGUUACAGCUUUGUGUUAUUUAUUUUUUAGUCUAAUUGAAUUAUAUUUAGAACUAUGUUAAAUUCAAUCUUAAAUAAUGAGUUUUCUUAAACAUUUUAAAAAGGGACAAUCAAGAGAUUCAAAAAUCUCGUACCAUUCUUCAAGUGAAAUGCUGGAAAUUCACGAAAAUUCUGCAAAUAAUCGAUUUUACAAUUCCGUUUAUCAAAAUACAACUGAAGGAAAAAUAAAUCCCACUUGGUGGAGGAGACGAUCGGCUUUGGAACGGGGUUUAACGAUAAUAGCAGUAUGCGGAGUACUUACAGUAAUUGCAUUAGCAAUAGCUGUUGGUGUAUUGUCAUCGAAAGCCCAAAACUGUGCUUCCGAAAAUGUUGCGACUAAAAUGGAGACGCUACCAUCCCUAUCAGAAGCUUUAAGAAGUAUGAAACCAUCUUCAGGAAUCAAAAUUAUAGAUUCAACAUCCUCGAAUUGCAAGGACGUUUGCCUGACCCCCGGCUGCAUUAACACUGCGUCCAGAGUAUUGGAGUAUAUGGAUUCCAAUGUAGAACCAUGCGAUGACUUCUACAGAUUUGCCUGCGGUAAUUUUCUCGAGAAUACUGUAAUUCCCGAUGAUAAAACGGCUGUUAGUGCUUUCAGUGUUCUCAGCGAAAAACUUCAGGAGCAAUUGCGAAUCAACAUUGAAGAAAAAGUGAAGCAGAAUGAAAAGAAACAUUUCAAAUUGGUCAAAAAUUUGUACAAGAAUUGCAUGAACCAGACUGCAAUUAAUCAAAAGGGUUUGCAACCAGUCAAGGAUAUUGUGAGGAAUCUAGGUGGAUGGCCGAUUUUAGAUGGAAAUUCUUGGCUGGAAGGAGAUUUCGAAUGGAAACAAUCAGUCAAGAAAUUUAGGCAUCAAGGAUUUUCAGUCGAUUACUUUUUUGAUUUCAGUAUUAACAUUGAUUUUAAAAACAGUACGAAACGAGUGUUGGACAUUGAUCAAACAUCUCUUAGUGUUUCACGGGAAUAUCUAACGAAAGGUCUGAGUAACGAUAUAGUUAAAGCCUACUAUAAUUACAUGGUCGAUAUUGCCGUCAUUUUUGGAGCCGACAGAGACAGGGCCGAGAAGGAGUUGAAGCAGUCACUUGAAUUUGAAAUAAAACUUGCAAAUAUCUCAUUGCCGACCGAAAAAAGGAGGAAUAUAACAGCUCUCUAUAAUCCAAUGACAAUAAGACAGCUACAGACAAAUUAUCCAAGUAUAUCGUGGAAAGAAUAUUUCAAUGCAAUUCUAGAGCCAAUUAUCACAAUUGGAGAAGACGAAGUGGUAAUAGUAAAUGUACCUACCUUCUUCAAAGAUUUUGAAAAAUUAAUGGAACAAACUCCGAAAAGAGUUCAGGCAAAUUAUGUCAUGUGGAGAGCAGUUGCAGCUACCAUCAGUUAUUUGAAUGAUGACGUUCGAAGAAGACAAUUGCAAUAUUCAACUGCUGUUAGUGGAAAAACUGAGCGGGAACCAAGAUGGAAGGAGUGUAUCGAUCUUACUAGUGGAAAUCUUGGUCUGAGUGUCGGUGCUCUUUACGUCAGAAAAUAUUUUAACGAAGAGUCAAAAAAAAGUGCCGUUGAAAUGGUUACCGACAUUCGUAAAGAAUUCAGGAAAAUUUUAGAAACUGUGGAUUGGAUGGAUGAGAAAACAAGAAAAAGUGCUUUGGAGAAAGCAAUGUCGAUGAGCACUCACAUUGCUUAUCCUGAUGAGCUUCUUGAUGAUAAAAAACUCGAGGAAUUCUACGAAAAUCUUGAGCUAAAUCCUGGAGAUUAUCUUCAAUCAAUUUUGAAUCUUACACAAUUUGCCACGAAUUAUUCAUUUAGUAAAUUGAGAAAACCCUUCAACAAAACCGAUUGGCUGUCACAUGGUAGACCUGCCGUUGUUAAUGCCUUUUAUUCUUCAAUUGAGAAUAGUAUUCAAUUCCCCGCUGGUAUUCUUCAAGGAACUUUCUUCAGUAAAGACAGGCCUCGAUACAUGAAUUACGGUGCAAUUGGUUUUGUCAUUGGGCACGAAAUCACUCAUGGUUUUGAUGACCAAGGUCGUCAAUUUGACAAGGAAGGCAAUCUAGUUGAAUGGUGGGAAUCAGAGACGAAAGAAAAAUAUCUUUCAAAAGCCGAAUGUAUUAUUCACCAAUACGGAAAUUACACAGCUAAGGAAGUUAAUUUAAACUUGAACGGUAUUAACACUCAGGGAGAAAACAUCGCAGACAAUGGAGGAAUAAAAGAAUCAUACUUAGCGUAUCAGGAAUGGGUUGAACGAAAUGGCCAUGAACCAAAAUUACCCGGUCUCAAGUACACACCAUCGCAGCUUUUCUGGAUUAGUGCAGCACAAACUUGGUGCAGUAAAUACAGACCAGAAACGUUGAAGCUUCGUAUAACUACCGGAGUUCACAGCCCGGGAGAAUUUCGAGUUUUGGGCCCACUUUCUAAUAGACCGGAAUUCGCAAAGGAUUUCAAUUGCCCCAUUGGCUCAACAAUGAAUCCCAAGAAAAAAUGUUUCGUUUGGUAAAACAUUGCAUAUGCUUUUUAAAAUUUGUAUCAAAUAAAGAUUUUUCUCAAUGAGUAACUUUAAACACGAUGAACAUGGCAAACAUGGCAAACAUGGAAAAAUUAAGUGGGUUUUACUAAAUCAUUUUCUAAAUGAAGAAUCUAAAAAUUUUCCCUAGUCUUUAAAAAGACAAUUGUUACCUACUCAUUUUUGUGUGUAUAAAUCUUUUCAGAGAAUAUAUGAAUAAGAGUUGUAAAUACAGAAGGAAAAAGUAAUGUGUUGAUCAGGUGAAAAAGUUUAAUGUUUAGAAUAUUAAAAAUUGUUGUCCACAGUUAAAGAUAUUAUAUUUAAUUAUUUUAGACUGCGCGUUUAUUGUCUGAUAUCAUCUCGAGAUUAAUCUUUUCUAAUAUGAAAAAAAGAGAUAAUUAUAGUCCACUCGAUGUAAUAUUUUUUUAAGGAAUAUUUAGUUUUUAAAAGUAGCCAUACUGAUUGCAUUCACGUGUGAGUGAUUUCGUUUUAAUCUGUCAUUUUUAAGUACUUAGUCAAUGUAGUAUUAUUAUUUGUUAUGUGUUAAAUGAAAGAAACAAAAAUAAUUUCCGAAAGCAUAUUCUGGUAAAAUGCGCAUCAUAUAUGAAAAUCGUUUUUUAUAAAAAGACAUGAAUUUUCCAAUUAAAAAUUUUAUCAUAAAAUCUUACAAGGAAAUUAGUUUCCUGUUUAAUGAAAGAGUAAGGAUUUGUGUAAUGCGGUACUUCUGUACAGUUGCUGUAUUUAAUAAUUUUUAUUGUAAUAAAUUUUUUCUAAAAUA